AUGGGAAUUCAAGUGGGUGAUCAACCGGUAAAAGCAAUUGUGGACACUGCUGCCCAGGUCACAAUUAUUUCAGACAAGGUCUAUAAUUCCUUGCGGUAUAAGCCCCCUAAGGUCAAAGAGGUUAAACUUAUGACUGCUGGGAGGGAGUUAUGGUUAAACGGCUACAUUGUUGGCCCCGUCCGGUUGAAAAUAGGAUCGAAAUGGUAUAAGGAGAAUGUAUAUGUUGCCCCAAUAGAACAACAAAUGUUGUUAGGUUUUGACAUUCUAUGUGAUAAAGGCCAGUCGAUUUUAGACAUGGGUAGGGGUAUAAUAAUCUUUGACGGCAUGCACAUAACUCUUGAUGUUGAUAGCAUAAACGGUUUUCCUUCAGUGUCCAGGGUUACUGUGGCUAAACGCAAGGUUAUUCCGCCUCAUUCGGUAGCCCAUGUAAAAUGUAAAAUGGACACAGAACUUACUGAUUAUGUCAUUGAGCCAUUAGACCAGUCUAAGGUAUGGAAGCCUAGGGUGGUCAGGGAAGGGUUCACUGAUCCAGUAGUUUGUGUUGUAAACCCCACUGAUAGGUAUAAAUUAAUUUCAAAGGGAUCUGAGAUAGGGAGAGCUUAUCCAGUGUCCGAAAUUAUUGAAGUGGGGGAGGAGGAUGAGGAGUAUAAAAUAAAUCAGAUUUCUGAUCUGGGUCGGCAACAGGACACUGUUCCUAGGCCGGAGAGUGAUAGUGCUCUCCCGCCCCACCUUCAGCAAGUAUACUCCGAUUCCUGUGAACAUCUGAAUGAAGAGCAACAGCAGCAGUUGGCUCAGUUGCUUAUUGAGUACCAAGAUGUGUUUGCUCAAGAUGAGUUUGAUCUUGGUAAUUUUACUGCAAUGGAACAUGUUAUUGAAACGGGUAAUGCUGAACCAGUUAAGCAACGCAUGAGGCGCACGCCUGUGUGUUUUGCUGGUGAGGAAGAGGCCCACCUCAAUAAAAUGUUAAAGGCAGGGGUCAUCCAAGAGUCAAUAUCUGACUGGGCUUCCGCCCCAGUACUUAUCCGGAAAAGGGACGGCACCGUCAGGUGGUGCAUUGACUAUAGAGCUUUAAAUGAAAAAUCUCAGAAAGAUGUGUUUCCUUUGCCCUUAGUGGAUGACUGUCUAGACACUCUGUCCGGGAGUGUAUGGUUUUCGAAGCUUGAUGCUAACUCUGCCUACUGGCAAGUUCCCAUCAGGGAAGAAGACCGGAAAAAGACUGCCUUCAUAACGAAAUACGGUCUUUUUGAGCAUGUGCGAUGGGAUUCGGUCUAUGUGGAGCACCAGCUACAUAUGCUCAAAUUAUGA